AUGGAGGAGCAGCGGGAUCUGAACAGCACGGAUAGCAGCGAGGGAGAGAGCGUCUCCCCGUCCCCCAGCUUGCCCUCGCCGCCCAUACUGCCCCUGCAGGUCGCCCAGCAGGCCCACAGAACCACCAAUUUUUUCAUCGACAAUAUUCUACGGCCAGACUUCGGCUGCAAGAAGGAGCACGGCCUUGGCUCGCGGGAGAGGGCGCAGACCUCCGGCCGGGAGCGCGUCCACUCGGUGGUCAGCAGGCCAAGCCUUCCCGGGACGCCAUGCCAGGACUCCAACUGCAGCAGUGACAGCACUUCGUCUUCCGCCUCCUCCACUUCUUUGGCGAGUCCCAAAAAGAGCAACGGCAGCGGCGGAGGAGCCGCAAGGACUGGCGGCGGUGCCGCGGAGAACACCUCCUCCUCCCUUGUGGUGCUGAACGGCACCGGGGCGCCCACGCCGGAGACCCAGCCGCUACUCUGGCCUGCCUGGGUCUACUGCACCCGGUACUCGGACAGGCCCUCAUCUGGCCCAAGGACACGGAAACUGAAAAAGUCGAAAAGCGGCAAAGAGGACAAGCGGCCGCGCACGGCCUUCACGGCCGAGCAGCUGCAGAGACUGAAGACGGAGUUCCAGGUGAACCGCUACAUUACGGAGCAGCGGCGGCAGUCUCUGGCCCAGGAGCUCAACCUCAAUGAGUCUCAGAUCAAGAUCUGGUUUCAGAACAAGAGGGCCAAGAUCAAAAAGGCCAGCGGCUUCAAGAACGGGCUGGCGCUGCAGCUGAUGGCGCAGGGACUGUACAACCAUUCCACCACCACCAUACAGGAGGACAAGGAGGACAGCGACUGACCGGCCCGCCGCGCCACACGCGGCCUCCUCCACACACUGUGUACAUUGUAAAUAUAUAGUAUCUAAUUUAAUGAUGAAGACGGGGAGGUUUUGUCCGCAGAUCCUCUUCAUCUCCUCCUUCACCUCCUCGGAUGUGACUGAACAGCUGAGCAGACUUCAGACUGUCCGACUGACCUGUCACCGCAAAA